AGGUCCCAAUGACAUCUCGGCGGGGCGGGAGCGAGGGGUAUAAAAGUCCUCCCAGCCCUCCGAGCAGCGGUUCGGAGGACAAUGGCUUUACGAACCGACCCCGCGUGGCCGGGCUCUACGUGAAGAACUUGAGCAGAGAGGAAUUGGAUGAGUUGGCCAAAGAGGGAAUUUAUGGACCUACUGGGAAUCCGAACGACCGACCUAGAGACGGCGGUAGCCAGAGGAGUCUCAAUAUUCUAGGAAGUAGCCGCGACUUGGACAGUCAGGAUCAUUUCAGAGGAGCGACUUCCAGAACACCUCAGCCACCCAGAAGAUCUGGCAUCGCAGUCAAACAUCGAGAACCUGAUAGUAGAUUAUCGGAGACUUUAGUGCGGAAGGAUCAUCAUGGCUCGCUCCCGACGGAAAGGGGUUGGUCGAGACGCCCGGAGGAUCAUCCUGGGCAGACUUUACCGGAAAGGUCCGCUCGAGGAUCUUCCGAGUUUCCUAUCGGCUGGAGAGAGUCGUUACGACCCAGCGUUAGUGCAUCGCCUAGAGAAAGUUCCAUUGAUGUGCGGAUUACCGAUGAAGAUCUCAGGAUGGCGGUUGGGCAGCGCCAUUUCAGGGAAGCCCCGAAGCGUCCUGAAGUACCUUCGCGUCGCGUCAUCUCGUCGACGGGACUCAGUGAGGACCAAUCACCGCCGCCAUACGCGGGUCUAAGUCCACCUAAGUAUACCGAAUACGAGGAACCGAGCUCGCGAGCAUCGAAGAUUUGUCCCAAAACUGCAACGAGAGUCUACCAAGUCGAUGACAAGGAACAUACAAGUUCGCCAUAUGAACGUCCGAGUUCACCGUCGUUAAAAGAAGACAAGGAGUCUCUUUUUCCGCAAACGAAUGCCAAGUCGUCAGAUUCGCGCGCCGAUACCGACAAAGCGGAUGAAGUUACGAGUCCGUCAGGGACGGAGAAGUUAACCUCACCAGAAUCCAAAAAGAGCGAAUCUCCGCCAAUGAAGAGAAUUGGUUCCAGGACGCAGGACAGCAUGAGACUGCGGCCACCGUUGGCCGGAACCGCUGGCACUUCUGCUGAUUCCGGCACCGGCGAUUCCGGAAGCGCAGAGAUCCAAGCGGAUGUCGUGACACCGCAGACAGCGUCGAGUGACAUUCUCGAUACCAAGGAAUCUAAGAUCGAAAACAGGUCAUUCGGCGCGAGAACUCCCAGCAGCAAGGGCGGCAAGCAAACAGUCAAGCCGUUCACGAAAGAGAGCAGAUUGGAGAAUAAGACUGUACAAUUAGUGCGCGAAUAUGGUUUUCAACCGAAGAAAAAGAUGUCGGUGGAGGAUGGCGCGGUAUUGCCAAACAAGUUCGAACCAUUUCCGAACAAUCUCUACGGCAGGCCGUUGGAAGAGAUCGACAAUUUUAUCUACGAUGAGACGUUCUGCGUGGUAUCCAAGAGGUUUCGCAAAAAUUACAUUCAUAGGUUUACGGCGACCAACAGUUGGUUUAUAUUCUCCCCAUGGAAUCCUAUACGGCGGUGCUGUAUCUUCCUAAGUACGAAUCAGUACUUCGAUUACGUGGUCAUGGCUACUAUCCUUCUUAACUGCGUCUUCCUAGCCAUGACCGAAACCUUUGACGAUGCCGAAUUAAUCUUCCUAGCCAUAUAUACGGCGGAAAUGGUGAUAAAAUCAAUCGCGAAGGGAUUUAUACUGAACAAGUACACUUAUCUGCGGAAUCCCUGGAAUUGGUUGGACUUCGUUGUAAUUACCAGUGGAUACGCCACUAUUGGGAUGGCAGUCGGAAAUCUGGCCGGUCUCAGGACGUUCAGGGUGUUGAGAGCACUUAAGACUGUAUCCAUUAUGCCAGGUCUAAAAACUAUCAUCAACGCGCUGUUACACAGCUUCAAGCAACUUGCCGAAGUAAUGACGCUGACGAUUUUCUGCCUGAUGGUUUUUGCAUUGUUUGCCUUGCAAGUUUAUAUGGGUGAACUUAGGAAUAAGUGUGUGAAACAACAAGAGCCAAAUACGACGCAAAUCGACUGGAGGGAGUGGACUUGGAACUCAUCCAACUGGGCGUUCAACGAGGACGAGGAGCCGAUCAUCUGCGGCAACGUAACCGGCGCCAGGCAUUGCAACGAAAGCUACACUUGUCUCUGCGUUGGCCCUAAUCCAAACCACGGUUACACCAACUUCGAUAAUUUCCUGUGGUCGAUGCUCACGACCUUUCAACUGAUUACCUUAGAUUACUGGGAGGAUGUUUACAACAAGGUGUUAUCGGCAUGCGGACCUAUUAGUGUCACAUUCUUCACAGUCGUCGUUUUCUUUGGAUCAUUUUAUUUAUUAAAUUUGAUGCUGGCUGUCGUGGCGUUGAGUUACGAAGAAGAAGCCGAGAUUACAAACGAGGAACGAAGGAAAGACUUGACGGAUCAUCGCGAAGAUUCAACGUUUAGUUUCGAUCCGUCGAAAAUCAAUAUUAAGACACUGACGAAAAAUAAACAAAAAAGAAUUGAUGCCCGUAAAGGAGUUUUGCUCAGCAGUUAUACAAGGAAAAAGACGCGUAGAAGAAAGCGCGGGAGGAGCAGCAUCGGCCAGGAGAAAAACGGUGGUGCACGCAGCAGGUCUAUGACGCCCAGUCCAAGUCCAAGUCCCAGGCACUCUAGUGUACGACCUUCCCACUUGCCGCUUCAGAACAUUAGCCCCAGACCGUUGGAACCCAAUACGGUUCACCGGUUAGCGCCAAAUCGGGGUAUGUUACAUUCCAGACAAGCCAGCAACAAUAGCAAUCAGCAGUCAUCUUUGGAUGACUCCGGGGUGGUAGACGAUCAUGACGGCGACGAUGUCACGUCCGCUGAGGAGCAUGACAAGCGCGAGUUGCGGGAGCAUCGUGUAGAGAAGUCACAGGAGAAAUCCCCAAAGGAACACGGUAGAAUCCAACCGAUUCAACAAAUGCGCCCGGAUUGCCCACCGGCACCGGUCACCGUGUCGGUGAGGACCGGCAAUCGAGAGAUUCGAGUGCUCAAAUGCAACGGGGUUAAAACCAAGAAACAUAUGUACGCGCUGCCGCCAGAGUACCUGUCGCACAUUGUAGUUUUAGACGAUCUUCCAGAUAGAAAUUGCGAUAAGUGUAUUCAAUGCUGCGUUGAUUACGAAGGAUGGCUAAGAUUUCAGAAUUGUCUGUAUAAGGUGGUGAGAGAUCCCCUGUUCGAGUUAAUGAUCACCCUUUGUAUCGUCUUGAACACCGGCUUCCUGGCAAUGGAGCAUCACGGCAUGAGCGAGUCGAUACGGCAGGCGCUCAACAUCGGCAACAAGGUGUUCACCAGUAUCUUCACAUUCGAAUGCUUCCUGAAGCUCUUGGCGUUGAGCAAGGAUUUCUUCAACAAUGGCUGGAACAACUUCGACUUGAUUAUCGUUUCUGCGUCGCUUAUCGAUUUAACAUUCGAAUUGGUAGAUGGCUUGUCGGUGAUACGCGGUCUCAGACUGUUACGUGUUUUAAAGCUCGCGCAAUCCUGGACGACCAUGAAGGUCCUCCUCAGCAUUAUCAUUUCGACAAUAGGCGCGCUCGGUAAUUUGACUUUCGUGUUGGUAAUUGUGAUUUAUAUAUUCGCUGUGAUCGGCAUGCAGCUGUUUAGCAAAGACUACACCUUGGACAAGUUCUAUCCGGAUCCGGUGCCGCGAUGGAAUUUCAACGAUUUCUUUCAUUCGUUCAUGAUGAUAUUCCGCAUUCUGUGCGGUGAGUGGAUCGAGCCAUUAUGGGACUGCAUGCGUGCGGAAAGAGACGAUGGGCCGGGUACGUGUUUCGCAAUUUUCCUGCCGGCUCUAGUGAUGGGCAACUUUAUGGUUCUCAAUCUCUUCUUGGCGUUGUUGCUCAACAGCUUCAAUUCCGAAGAGUUAAAACAGAAAAAGGAGGAAGUCGGCGAGGAAUCGAAGCUCGCGCGUUCGUUCGAUCGCAUACGGUCGAUCGUGCGUAAGCAGAAGCAUCGAAAGGAGAAUUCGGAGAACGAGAAGAAUAUCCGGCUAGAGCAGAUCGUGCGCGAGGUGAUGGACAAGUCUGAUAAGGAGAAGUACGCGAUCCAAGAGACCGUGCUGAGCCUUCCCAAAGACAAUAUUUAUAAUAGAUCGUAUCAAGAGAGUCUCAAUCAGCCGGUCUUCACUUACGAUCCGAUCUAUCGUCAGGCCACUCUCACCACUUACAGUCAGAGCAAUCAGGAAACAGUCAAGGAGAAUAAAAAGCUGACCGAAAAGGGCAACAGCAACGAGACCAAUCCCGAGGAGAGUAUAGAGUUAGAGGUGCUCAAGGAUGUCAACCCGGACGAGGAAGUAGCUAUGCUGCCAGAGGAAAAGCUGGCCAUUCGAAAUGAUGAAAAUAUAGGAAAACGUCCUUGGCACGCUCUCGUGAGUUACGUGGACGAGCUUACGGUCGGAGGCAGAAGAGAUAGUAAAGGAAGGUACAUCGACGGAAUGGGCUCGUUUCCCGGGUUCGGUAGGAAUAAGAAGAAUAAAGAGCCGCUUGAUUGCUUUCCCCAGCAUUUCUACCAGAAGUGCAGCUGUAUCAAUCGUUGCCUCGCCACGGAUCUCGGCAAAAAAUGGAUAAGAAUCCGUACGGUCGUUCUAUCGGUCGUGGAUACGCCAGCUUUCGAAUGGAUGAUCCUAGUUUUAAUUUUCGCAUCUUCCAUAACGCUGUGCUUCGAGGACAUCUACUUAGACGACAAUCCUUUUUUGAAAAAGAUUCUCUAUUGGACCAACCUUGGCUUUUGCGCACUUUUUAGCGUUGAAAUGCUCCUAAAAUGGCUAGCUUUAGGCUUCUGUAAAUACUUCACCAGUUUCUGGACAAUCCUGGAUUUUAUAAUCGUUUUCGUAUCCAUGUUUAGCCUUUUAAUAGAAGAAAAUGAAAACCUUAAAGUGUUACGAUCACUGAGGACACUACGCGCCCUGAGGCCGCUAAGGGCGAUUUCAAGAUGGCAAGGCAUGAGGAUCGUAGUGAACGCGUUGAUGUAUGCGAUACCUAGUAUAUUCAACGUGCUCCUCGUCUGUCUCGUGUUCUGGCUUAUUUUUUCGAUAAUGGGCGUCCAAUUUUUCGGCGGCAAAUUCUUCAAGUGCGUUGACGAGUACGGAGAAAUGUUGGAUAUUUCGAUAGUAAACACCAAAGAGGAAUGUUUCAGCAAGAAUUACUCCUGGCAGAAUAGUAAGAUUACUUUCGAUCAUGUUGGCAUCGCUUACUUAGCUUUGUUUCAAGUGGCCACCUUCGAGGGUUGGAUGGAGGUAAUGGAGGACGCUGUAGAUGCGAGAGGAGUAGAUCUGCAACCGCAAAGAGAGGCGAAUCUGUACGCCUAUCUCUACUUCGUCAUAUUCAUCGUAUGUGGUUCAUUCUUCACGCUCAAUCUUUUUAUUGGAGUGAUCAUAGACAAUUUCAACAUGCUGAAGAAAAAGUAUGAAGGUGGGGUGUUAGAAAUGUUUUUGACGGAAAGUCAAAAACACUACUACACUGCCAUGAAAAAACUCGGCCGUAAAAAGCCACAAAAAGUUAUAAAACGUCCGAUGAACCAAUUCCUCGCAAUGUUCUACGACCUGUCCAAUUCUCGCAGCAAUUAACAGCGCACAAAUAAAGGAAGACCGACGAAAGAAUAUACGUACCGUAAUUUUACACAACUAUGGUCCUGUGCUACAACUGUAAUUCAAACAUCCGCAUGCACAAAAACAUAUUCAUAUUUUCGUGUGCGCGGAUAUUUAGAUCAUACCUGUGGUAUAGGACUAUAGUUGCUUGAAAUUACGGUAAUGUCUAACAUCACAGUAGCCUUCUACAUUGGAAGCGAUCUAUAAAGCUACUAUUAUCUUCAACUUACUAUUUAUCUACGAUAAGAAGACAACUUUAGAUCGCAAAAAAUAAGCUUCCAGAAAAGGCAAAACCUCGGAAAAUAAAUGCUAUGACUCUACAAUCCGUUUCUCAGAGUAAUGGAAAAUCGAUACUCAAAGGACAUUAACGCUCGCCGUCUCUAAAUUGUAGAUACACAAUGUCGGUGUGCAGUGUACAUAAUAAACGAGAUAAGCUGCAAGCAGGGAGCUUACGUAAACGUCGUAACUUCAUAAUUCUGCACACAGGGAUUAGAUACUCCUUCUCGUAAAAUCCAUGCAAAUAUUUGAAAUAGCUAUCUUCGUUUUGAUAUUUCUCAACAUGCUGACGAUGGGGAUCGAGCAUUACAAUCAGC